UUGACUACUUCUGUUAAGUUUAGAAGUAAAUUGCCAACCUCAAUCGGAUACAGGUUUACGAGUUUAAUCAGAGUAAAUCUACACUGUUACCCUGUGAACGCGCAAUAUGUUCCCCAGGAUUCAGCGCUCACUACAUGUUGUUCUGUGUGGUAGAGUGGAUGCUGUGUGUGUUGUGAGGAGACUUGCCAGUGACACAGGCCCCAGUCGGAAACAUGCACCACACACCAUUGACAUAGCAGGCCAAGUUUACAGUACAGAUGACUGGACCAAUGUUAAUCAAGGACUGCUUUCGAAACUUGGUCAGAAUCUGCACAUGCAAAAACAUCAUCCACUCAACUUGAUAAAAAGAAGAAUAGAAAACUUCUUUUACAAAAACUACAUAAAUCGCAGAAGUAAUCCAAUAUUUUCAGUAUAUGAUCAACUGAGCCCAGUUGUGACCCUUGAACAGAAUUUUGACAGUUUAUUGGUGCCGUUAGACCAUGUUAGUCGAUCAAGGUCCGACAGCUAUUAUAUCAACUCCAAAUACAUGUUAAGGGCGCAUACUUCAGCACAUCAGAGAGAUUUGAUGAAGUCCGGACUAGAUGCCUUCCUUAUUGUGGGAGAUGUAUACAGGAGAGAUGAAAUUGAUGCAAGUCAUUAUCCAGCAUUCCAUCAGCUUGAAGGUGUCCGGCUUUUCACAGAGUUUGAGUUAUUUAAGGAUGUGUCAGACUCAACAAAUCUGUGCUUGUUUGAAGAUGGGAAGCGACUUGCUGACAAACAGGCUUUCCAUACAAUUGAUGCUGCUAAACUUGUUGAACACAGUCUCAAGAAAACACUGCAAGACUUGACCAUUAGCCUCUUUGGAAAUGAUAUUGACUUGCGCUGGACAGAUAGUUAUUUUCCCUUCACCCAUCCGUCCUGGGAACUGGAAAUAAAGUUCGGAGGAGAAUGGCUGGAAGUUCUUGGUUGUGGUAUCAUGGAACAGGAGCUGCUCCAGUCAGCAAGUACGGCAGACAAGAUUGGCUGGGCAUUUGGUUUGGGCUUGGAGAGGCUAGCAAUGAUUCUUUACUCCAUUCCGGACAUACGCUUAUUUUGGAGUCAUGACUCAGGAUUCCUAUCCCAGUUUGCUGGGCUUCACCCUGAGGCUGAGGUCACAUACAAGCCAGUCAGCCAGUAUCCACAGUGUACAAACGACAUUUCAUUCUGGAUUCCUGACAACUUUACACCGAAUGAUUUCUAUGACCUUGUGCGCUUAGUUGGUGGUGACCUUGUUGAGCAGGUCAGCCUUGUUGAUGAAUUCUUUCAUCCAAAGAAGCAACAACAUAGUCACUGCUACCGUAUCAUCUAUCGACAUAUGGAGAAAACCUUGACGCAGGAAGAGGUCAAUGUCAUGCAUAGCAAGAUUGAAAGAGAGGCUGUGCAAUUGCUGGGUGUAGAAAUUAGAUGAUGUUCAAGGAAUGUGUUUAAACUAAAGUGUGAUAUGCAAUAAACUGUGUCUGCUUUAGAAAAUCCUGUCUAGAUUUGAUACCAGGUUAAUAUUAUUAGCUGUUUCAUGGCCCUGCAGAGCCUCUCAGAUAAUUAACAAUAACAGUAAGGAGAUUGUUGGAUAUAUUGAUUACUCUUUAUAUGAAGUGCUCAUUGGUAAGAACAGUGCUAUAUAUGCUGGUAAGAUGAAGCAUCAUUUGUCGCACUGAGCUGCAGAACAGUCAGUGUUUGACAACCAAUACAUAAGCAGUACUUCAUACAGUUCAUAUUUACAUCAUUUAUACAUAUUUACAGUGUGCUACAUUGUAUGCAUUCAAUAUUUGUUACGAAUAAUAAAAAUGAUGUCAACUGUAAA